AUGAUAGCGGUUGUGCAGUAUGUCUCCAAUCAUGAUGGGAUGAUAUUCGAACCUUUCUCGCUGGGCAGCAUUGUCGUCGGAGAAUUGGAGGAUGAAGGGCGGCAAGUGGACGGUGAGGAUGAUGGUGGAACUGGCAGUCGGGGGCGCUUUAGGUGCAAGAUCACUGGGGCCACCACUUUAAGCAAACGCCCCAUGAAGGGCAACAAGUUUUAUUUGGUCAACGGAACAGAGUCAAGUAUCAAGGACACACAAGGGAGGUCAGAAAAUCGAACUCCAACUUUGAGUCCCAUGCUUCGCGAGUUGCGUGGACCUUUCAUCCCAACCUGCUCAUCUGCAUCAACUAUAGGUGAGAAGUAG